AUGAGGACAACCGCUUCUCAGUUGCUCCUGGCCUCCUUGGCGUUAGGAUCCGCAGUAACAAGAGGCGAUAAGAAACAUCAUGGCAUCAGCAAGGAUGAUUUCAUCAAAGUCGACGGGUUGAGAUUGUAUGAUUCGAAAGGUGCUUUGCACUAUCUCACGGGAAUGAACUAUUGGGCUUGCAUGAACCUGGCUGCCGAUGAUCAGUCUGGAGGAAAUUAUUCACGUCUCGUCACAGAGCUCGACCAAAUGGCAGCGAAAGGCAUCAAUCACCUCCGAAUCAUGGCCGGUUCAGAGGGUGCACCAACACCCCAACCAUUCCGGAUGAACCCGCCUCUGAUGAAUGCCCCGGGGCAGUACAAUGACGAAAUUUUCAAGGGUCUGGACAUCUGUCUUGCAGAAAUGUCGAAGCGUGGAAUGCGUGCAACAAUGACGUUGAGUAACGAGUGGCAAUGGUCUGGAGGCUUCGGUCAAUACAUUUCAUGGGCGAACAACAACACGCAAAUCCCAUACCCAGAGUCGUGGAACCUUACAGCGUCGCCUCAAAGGAGCACACCCGGAACAGGCUGGGGAAACUACACAAAACAGGGUGUGGAUGCAGCGCCAUAUAGCGAGUUCACUGGCUUCGCGAACUUAAUUUACAACAACAGUCUAGCCGAAGGGUGGUACAAAGAUCACAUCAAAACAGUCAUGACCCGUCGGAAUACCGUGACUGGCCGCUUGUACGUUGAAGACCCAACCAUCAUGACAUGGCAGCCUGCAAACGAGCCUCAAGCCGCAAAUGCACUUGGCUACGUCGGCAUCGGCCUGCUCCCCAAUCCAGAUGAUUUACUUUUCCCUUGGGUGGACCGUACUACAGCUUAUAUCCGCUCGUUGGCUCCCAAGCAGCUCAUCAGUCUCGGCUUCGAGGGUAAGCAGGGGGAGUUCUACUUCAAACAUGCACAAAACUUCUCGACCAUCGACUACGCCACUACGCACUGUUGGGUCCAGAACUGGGGCAUCUACGACAUGUACAACUCCAGCGAGGCAAAUUUGAAGGCUGCGCAAGACUUUGCGGUAACUUUCAUGCACAACUCCAGUAAGUGGGCUGCCGACAUCGGAAAGCCGGUCUUCCUCGAGGAAUUUGGCAUGGCUCGAGACAACUGGGAGAAUAAGGAUAAAGAUUACCCGUACCUCAGCAGUGCGUCGACUACACACAAGGAUCAGUAUUUCCGGACGAUUAUCGGCACAGUCAUGGACGAGUUCCGCAAUGGUGGUGCGUAUAUUGGCACCUCGCCGUGGGCUUAUGGAGGCGUAUAUCGCCCGGAGAUGCAACACGUCAAUGAGUUCGGUAUGAUAUGGGCAGGAGACCCACCCCACGAAUCGCCUGGCUGGUACGACCUGUACGACACAGAUCAAGCAAUGGAGAUCAUUGCAGUGCAACAGAAAACUAUUGCAAGCUGGAUAAGGGAGCAAGGGAAAAAUGGAACCGACUGCUGA